AUUUAAUUAGCUAAGUUACCUCAUACUACUAUUUGGACUAAUUCAACCUUAUCUACAUUAUGAGUGAAUCAGACCACACCACGUUGGUUUGGGAGGCCUCUUGUGAGCUGUGACUACACGUAGCAUCUCUCUAUGCACGUGUUACAUGCAUGAUCUUCGCGCUGAUGUAUCAUGUAUGGCUUUGAAUAUAUAAGUUUUAUCUUGAUUCAUUGUUUUUACACAGUUUCAACCGAAUAGAAUGCAUAAUGGAUCAAUUUGUGCUCUCAUGGAGCAUCAAACCUCCUCUAAUAUCAACAUCACGUGGUCAACUUAUGACCACGCUCAAGAAGCCUUUUUUCUUGUCGUUUUCGCCGUCGUUGAGAUUAGGUAAUAGUGUGAAGGUGUUUGCAAUGGCGUCUAGAAGGGUGAAACUGAUUGAUCCGGAGGGUGAGGAGAAGGAGAUCGAAGUAAAAGAAGGUAGUUGCAUACUUGAAUCCGCGGAGAACGCGGGGAUGGAACUGCCAUACUCUUGUAGGUCAGGGACUUGUGGGACGUGUUGCGGGAAGAUAGUGUCCGGGAAAGUGGAUCAGUCACUAGGUUCUUUCCUUGAAGAAGAGCAGAUUCAGAAGGGUUAUAUACUCACAUGCAUCGCUCAACCACGAGAGGACUGUGUCGUCUACACCCAUAAGCAAACCGAUCUUUACUGAGUCCCACAGUCUGGCAUUUUGGCAUAGUCAGCUGGAAUUAACGAUGGGUAUGUAAUUGGUCCUCAAUAUAUAGGCCCGUUUGUUAAAGCCCACUAAGAAAUGAAAUAAUAUUGGGCUUUUGUCCAGUUGCAAAUAUGGAUGACUACCACUGGACUUUUAUUUAUUUCUGUGUGUGACUGUGGGUUUUCUAAUAUUUUUUAGGUAGGCUUACAUUUUCAUCUUCAUUUUGAGAAAGAUUUUCAAACAUAAAUAACAGAAAUAAAUAGAACAUUGAUAAAACAAACAAAAAUCCUUAUAAACUAAGUAAAAUUAUA